AUGAGCAAGCAACCACUUGGCUGUCGCUGGGAAAAGGACCGUCAUCGGUACAAGCACAGAUCUUCGUCGGGUAAAUCGUCGAGUGCGCUGUCCUCGAAGCACCACCGCAAGGAACGCCACCGAAGGCUGUCCCACUCUUCGUCGUCCUCGGAUCGAAAAAGAAACAGAUUUGGGAACAUAGAAUCAAUAAUUAUUGAGAAAGGAUUUAUUGAGGAGCGAUUUGCGAACGGGAAGGUUCCCUUGAAUGAUUCCUUGACCCUUAAUCUGGACCAAGGUCACACGCUCUCCUGCCGAUACAUGAUCAACCCGUCGACCUCCAGCGAGUUCAUGUACUAGGUCCAACGUCAGCGCAAGAUUUGGUGGAUGCGGUACGUGUGCGAUCCGGGCCGGUUCUUCAUUUCGGACCCCCGCCAGGACGCGGACACGCGCGUUUAAUCCGUCGCCAUCAAGAGUCGCCUUGGCGGAGAGGAACUCACGCUAGAACAGCUGGAACUCUUUCCGACGGACGCCGCCGCCCUCGAGGAAGACCUGGGGGACUUUCGAAUCAAGGUGGGCCGAACCAGCAGUAAAAGGAUUCGGCCCAGUAUGCUGCGGCUGCGUCAGUGCGUUGAAGUGGCCACGCUGCAGAUCGUGUUGGAUGCGUUUGAAAGUGGCGGCGAUGCAAGCGUGAGGAUUCACCGCAAGCUGACGCCGUUCAAGUGUGGCAUCGUGUGUCUUUCCGACAACCCCGCCCUGAUGCCGGAGUUGCGUGACCUGGCCAAACACCUGUGCAACGUGCUGCGCAAAGCGAACCUUCCCGUGCUCGACUGCUCCAAGCGUAACGGCGGUCGUUCCCUGGCCAAACAGCUGCACCACCUCGACUCGAUAGCCGUCCCGUACUGCCUGCUGCUGCGCGACCAGUGUCUCCAGAAUGGCCUCUUUCAGCUGCGGUCCCGCGACACCACCCUCAGCGAAAUGAUGCACAUCUCGGAUUUACCGCAAUAUUUAUUGAAAAUAGUAACAAGUUGA